CGAAGGGAACAAACACUUGCUCGAAUAUUCAGAAUAAACCAUCUCUAGAUGUUGUUUUGUCGUGUAUAAUUGACUUUAGUCCAUGGAGCUUGAUACGAAAACACCCUAGCAGUUAUCUGAUAGUGACCUAAUCUCGGGUCUUUUAAUAUUCGGUCGCCUUGCCCCAAGCGAUAAUAUGGAUACUAACAAGACAAUAUUAUGUGUCGGUCUUGUUUGUAUAGAUUUAAAAACUAUAGUCAAGACAUACCCAUUGGAAGAUUCGGGUCAAAGGACCUUGGAUACUAUUAAAGAGAGGGGUGGUAAUGCAUCUAACACAGCGACUGUCUUAUCAUCUAUUGGUUGUAAUGUAGAAUUUUUGGGAACAGUUGCAGAUUGUGAGAAUAUUAAUUUUCUACGAUCUGACUGCAAUGAGUUUGGUAUAAAUAUUGAAAAUUGUGCAGUUUGUCCCAGAACAAAAUGUCCACUAUCUAUCGUCAUUAUCAAUACAGAAAAUGGAUCUAGAACUAUACUCCAUAGCAACAAAUCUUUAAGAGAACUUAAAUGUGAAGACUUCAAGAAGCUGGAUUUAAAGAAAUAUAAAUGGAUACAUUUUGAGGGACGACCUAAUAAAGAUGAGAUUUAUCUGAUGAUGAAUCAUGUAAGAAGAUAUAAUAAAUCAGUUGAUGAUGAAGAUAAAAUUGUUAUUUCGUUAGAAAUAGAGAAGAUACGACCAAUAUUAUUAGACGAUUUAAUUGAAUUGGCAGAUUACACCUUCCUUAGUAAAGAUUAUGCACAGUUUCUGGGUUAUGAUGAUAUGACGUCAUGUGUUAGAGGGAUGUCUGAAACGGGGAAAACUAUUUUCUGUGCUUGGGGAGAGCAAGGGGCUGCAGCCAAAAUUCCAGAUGGGCCUGUAGUGACUUCUAAAGCGUUCAAACCUCCACAAGUUAUAGAUACCACAGGAGCUGGGGAUACCUUUAUAGCAGGCUGUAUAUAUAGUUUAUGUAGAAAUCUGAGUUUGGGUAAUUGUGUUGAAAUCGGAUGUCGUUUAGCUGGUGCAAAAUGUGGUAUAAUGGGACUCAAAGAUAUACAUUCUGUCAAAAAAAUGAUACUAAAUAAGAUUGAUAACUUUUAACUACUAUGCCCUGAUUAUAAAACAUACUAAUAUAUUACAUGACUGUUGAUGUAUGUAGAACAUAAAUCAUGCUGUACAUCCUAAUUUAUUUCAAUAAUUGUACGACUUCAUUUAAAUUGGCAUAUUACAUUACAAUGAAGGCUACAGUUAUCCAUAUAUUAUUUCUACGGUAAUCUUUAUAUGCCCAGCAAACAAUGGACUUUUGAUGGGCUCGUUAUUCUUUGUGGGACACAAUAACUCUGCUUAUAAUUGAGCUAGAACUUUAAAAGUUGAUAUAGUAUAGAUAAGCUUGGAUAUCUGUUUGGGACUUGAGGCAAUAAUGAAUUACGGAGGAACUUGGUUGUUAUGAAAGACUAUUAUUAAUUAUGUUCUUAAAAAUAGAGAUGACAAAAUCUAAUGUUAUUUUAACUAUAUAUAUAUAUAUAUAUCUAUUUUUUACCUGGACGUAUUUUUAUAUAUAUAUAUUUAUGUAUAUAUGAAUGAAAAAUUAUUGUAUUUUUUUAUAUUAUUUUGUUAUAACAACUGUACUUUAAAGUGGGUCAUGCGGUUGUAAUAAAGAAAUUUAUGAAUGAAA